AUGAGAGACAGUCCAUCCUCUCUGAUUCUCUCUUAUCCUUUUCACUUUGAUUCCCCCUUGCUCUCUAUUUUAAUUCUAUCUGAUUCUGCCUCUCUCUCUUAUUUGAUUCUCUCUGAUACUCCUUUGCAUUCUCAUUUCAUUCUCUCUGAACUCUCUUAUCCUUUUCACUUUGAUUCCCCCUUGCUCUCUAUUUUAAUUCUAUCUGAUUCUGCCUCUCUCUCUUAUUUGAUUCUCUCUGAUACUCCUUUGCAUUCUCAUUUCAUUCUCUCUGAACUCUCUUAUCCUUUUCACUUUGAUUCCCCCUUGCUCUCUAUUUUAAUUCUAUCUGAUUCUGCCUCUCUCUCUUAUUUGAUUCUCUCUGAUACUCCUUUGCAUUCUCAUUUCAUUCUCUCUGAACUCUCUCAUUUCAUUCUUUCUGAUUCUCCCUCACUCUCUCAACCCACCCACUCUGAUCCUUUUUUGCUCUUUCAUCACAUACUCUCUGAUUAUCUCUCACUAUCUCAUGCCAUCCCCCCUGUUUCUGCCUCACACUUUCUCAUCUCAUCCUCCCUAAAUAUCCUCUCUCUCAUCUCAUUCUCUCUGAUUCUCUCUAUCUCUAAAUCUCCCUCUCUCUCUUUUUCUUUUCUCUCACUCAUCCCAUUCUUUCUAAUUCAUUUAUUUUGA